CGAAAGAAAAUGAGUAAAACACGUUACAAGCUUUCUGUUUAAGGCAAAGAAUCACACACACAAAAAAAGAUUAAAAGUUUAAACAGCAAGAACGAAAAGCACCACUAAUUAGAACGUUACAAUCAAACACAUUUUCCCUGACUUGAGGCAGAGUUAUACACUUUAUGCUCAGCCUCUGGUUCUUGUACAGAACAGAUACAAUAUAGGACCAGGAAAACAAAAACAACACAGCAAAUGUGUAAAAUAACUUAAAAGGUGUCCAUUACAACAUAGGGAUGGGGGAGCUGUUCCCAGUGCAUUUGGUCUUGAUAUCUCUGGUAGUUUUAUUUCAUUACAUUCAUUUAAUAGGUACUUUGUGGGUGACUCCAGCAAACGUGGCCUGACAGACUACAUAAACUGUAAACUAUAUUUCUUGUAGUUAUUAAUUUAAUGUACAUUUUCUAAAAUAAUAGUGUACAUCUGUACAAACACAUACACACCACACCACACAACACACAACUUUCAUUAACUGUAACUACAAGCCACUACAUUAUCCACAGGUCUUUGCGGCGGUUUGCGACGUUUUACAGCGUUUUGUGAGGUGACGUACCGCGGUUUGCUUUCGCUCACCAAGCUACUCGGGUAAAUAGAAAAAAUGUUCAACAAGAAGCCGCGAAGAAACUUUCGACAGAGGAAAGAGAGUUCUAGUGAUGAGGAAGAUCAGCAGAAGAAUAGCGGAGAGGGAGAUAAAACCGAGGAUGCCACGUUAGCGAUAAACAAGCCAAUUAAAACGGCACAGGGCCGCGGCAUAUCUUGUAGCUCCAAGCGGGAGACGACGCCUCCGGAGGCGGAUAGUAGCAGCGAAGACGACGGGGAGACUCUGGAAAUUACAGAAGAAAAAGAAGAGGGGGACAUAGAUGGAACGAAGAAGAAAACAAACGCCAUCCUUAGUUUCUCUGAUGAUAAAGAAGCUGAAGAGUCAACUUUUAAACUCAAGAAAUCCACCUAUAAAACGGUGCUGUUCCAAGCAAGAAAGAAGGUGGCCCCACCUGUCAAGACCGUCCAUAGAAAAGGUGGCGGCGAGGUCCCUUUAUCUACUUUUCCCAGACGUGAUAAUGUUGAUGAAACAUCAACACAUUCUCAACAGAGUGAUGAGGAUGGCGAUGAAGAUAAUGAUGAUGAUGAUGAUGAUGAUAAUAACGAUGUCUACAAGGAGGCCAGUGACAGUGAAGAAAGUAUUCCCAGCUCUCUCUCUGCUUAUUCAGACUCUGAUUCUCGCCACUCGGCCACUAAAACAACAGUAGUCAUCCCUAAUGCUGCAGAGAUUGAUGCAGCCAAGAGGAAGCGUCGGGCCACUCGAUCUCAGAAAGAGUACAUUCCUCUGGGUCGGGAUGGCCGGAGCUCGGCUGGCAGCACUCCGGAUCACCGCAACAUGGAUGAUGAAGAGGACAGAUUUGAUGAUGAUGAUCCAGAUGAUGAACUGGAUGAUCACCAGAAAAGAAUUGACUUUGCCCCACGAUUGAAGAGCAUUCGGGAGAGGAUUGCAGAAAAGCUAGGAGGAAGUGAUGGCAGUCACUCAGAAAUUGAUGAGGAAGAGCAGGAACUUUGGGAGGAGACACAAAUUGGAAAGGGAGUCAAAAGGCGACCAGGGGAACAGUCCCUGCAGUUCUCUAAAAGUCCAUCUGGCAGUGAGUCCAGCAGCUACAGUAGCAGCAGCAGGCGAGACCGAGGAAAGCCUAAGAAAAAGUCAGCACUGCUUAAAGUGCCAAAGACCCUUCCAUCUAUUUCUGUUGCGAUGGUCAAGAGACGGAUCUCUGGAAAACUGGACUCCCUGAAGGAGGUGCACAGAGCCCGGCAGGCAGAGCUGAGGAGGCUGGAGGGGGAUGUCGAGAAUGCUAAAGCCUCUAUGGAGUUGCUUGAGGAAAGUUCUACAGAGAAUCAGCUGAAGUUUUACAGGACCAUGAUCCUCUAUAUCCACAACCUGGUGGAGUGUCUGCGGGAGAAGAUUGUUGAAAUCAAUGCUUUGGAGUUGGAGUUGCACACUGUUUGGUCGGACCAGAUGGAGGCACUGUUGGCUCAGAGACGGGAGAAGACAAAGGAGCAGGCUGACCACCUGCAGCCGCUCAGCUAUAACACUGAUGAGCAGAGUGGCAGCUCAGCCAAUGGGGCCAACAUUGAAGGUGAGACAGAUGCUGAAGACUGUGACACACCUGAGGACACCCAACCAUCGACAGAGGAGGAGGAGGAACUGCAGAAAAGAAUAGCUGAUAUCCAGACCAGGUCCCAGGCUGUGUUUUCCGACGUCCAAGACGACUUCUGCGAUGUUAAAAAGAUUCUGUCUCGCUUUGAAGAAUGGAGAGGAUCCUAUUCGGAGUCCUACCACAACGCUUACAUCUCCCUGUGUCUGCCCAAGCUGCUGAACCCAAUCAUCAGGCAUCAGUUGAUGGCGUGGAACCCUUUAAAAGAUGUCAGUGGAGACUUUGAAACCCUCCCUUGGUUCAGAGCAGUGGAGACAUUCUGCCAUGGCCAUGGCCACGUGGAGCUGGAGCACACCGACAGACAGACACUGUCUAAUAUAAUAGAGAAGACCGUCCUACCCAAAAUAACUGCUUUUGUUGAGCUGGUGUGGGAUCCCAUGUCCCACCAACAGUCGGUCAGUCUGGUGGCUGUUUGUCACAGACUGAAAGAGGACUAUUUCAUCUUUGAGGGAGAUCAGAGUAAACCAGUGAAGACAUUAUCGGAGGCUGUUGUUGACAGGCUGAGGAGCUGUGUAGAUGAAGAGGUCUACAUCCCCCUCUAUCCCAAAAAGGCUUUGGAGGAUCGAUCAUCUCUUCAGCGUCUCUUCAGAGAUCAGCAGUUCUGGACAGCUGUAAAACUUCUGGGUAACAUUGGGAAGUGGGACCUGCUGCUUCCCGAGUACAUUUUGAAGGAACUGAUGAUGGACAAACUGCUUAACCGAUACCUGAUGAUCACCCUGUGCAGUCAGACUCUGUCCAAUUACAGCGUCCCUGCAUGCAAAAAGAUCGCAGAUUGUUUGCCUCUAUCAUGGUUCAAAGGAGAAAAUGUCUGUUUGCCACAACUGCAGAAUUUCAGAAACCACAUAGUUCAGACAGUGCAUAAUAUCUGCAAACAGCAGCGUCCUGAGGAUCCAAGCACCAGGUCCACUGUGGUUGACGUACUUAAAGUUUUGAGUAAAAUCAGGUGCUAUGAGUCUGUCAUGACUAUAGCAAAGAAAUACCACUAUGAAGAUGCCAUCUACUCUCACCAGCUGCUGAACCAAGAGGAUGUUUGAACAACAGUGAGAAAGAUGGAGUUCAUGUUAUGUGUCAACAAAUGUAUUUUCCUAUUCAAAGAAUUGGCUGAGUUGGUACAUUUGGAUUAUGUAAUUCAGAAUUUUUUAUGCUUCAGAUUGUUGCUGUUUUGUACAAAUGACUAUUUUCAUGAAUAAAUAUUUGAAC